AUGGAGGAGUCGCACAGACAAACGGAGCGCUGCUCCGGCCGCAACACUAACUGUGUGGAGCGGCCGCUGAGGCGGCUCUUCGAAGGGCUGGGGAGCAGCGUGGCCGCCUGCCCCUGGCCCUUCGUGCUGCUGCCGCUGCUGCUGUCGGGAGCGCUGGGCGCCGGAUUCAUCUUCCUGCCGCAACGGCAGGCGAACGACAUCGAGCAACAGUUCACACCGACGGAGGGUCCCGCCAAGGCCGACCGCGACUUCGUGCAGCAGUACUUCCCCACCAACGACUCGCAGCGCUUCUCUGCAACACGGCUGCCCACCGAGGGCGCCUACGCCGCCCUCAUCGCCGUGGCGCCGGACGGACACUCCGUCCUGGAGCCGGCGGCGUGGGACGAGGUGCUGAAGCUGAACGCGGCGGUGGCAGACAGCGACUACGAGCGCCUCUGCUCCCGCAAUGCCGCCUAUAGCGCCUGCAGCAGCCCCAACCCGCUGCUACCGCGCACCGCCAACGCGACGGCGCCCGCCCCGCAGAACCUCACCUACCCCGGCAGCGGGGCCUCCUUCCUGGGCACCGCGCUGGGCGGUGUGAGGACGGACGCCGGCGGGCGGGUGGUGUCGGCGCGGGCCCUGAAGCUCAUGUAUUACCUGCAAGAGGACGGCCCCGAGGCGGCGGAGAGCCAGCGGUGGCUGGAGAGGUUCCUGCAGGACUUCCCAUCAAAGCUGGCGGGAAUGAAUUUCACCGCCAUUCAGGUGACUUACUUUACCUCGCUGUCCAGGCAGCAGGAGUUUGAGGGAAAUACCAAGAGCGUGAUCCCACUCUUCUCCAUAACGUACUUCUUGACAAUAACCUUUUCCAUCGUCUCUUGCCUAAGGUCGAGCUGUAUAAGAAAUAACGUCUGGCUUGCAUGCUGUGGAGUGCUUUCUGCUGGUUUAGCUGUAUUGAGCAGCUUUGGACUGUUGCUCUUCUGCGGGGUGCCCUUUGUGGUCACUGUAGCAACUGCACCUUUUCUCAUUCUGGGAGUUGGCGUUGAUGACAUGUUCAUCAUGAUUGCUGCCUGGGAACAAAGCUCAAGAAGAAAAGAGAAAUCCAAUGUUAAGUCCCUGCUGGCUGAGACUUACUCAGAAGCAGCACUUUCUGUCACCAUCACCACUCUCACAGAUGUUUUGGCCUUCUUCAUUGGCACCUGGACUGCUUUUCCAUCCGUGAGGUCAUUUUGCCUCUACACAGGCACCGCUUUUGUCUUCUGCUAUAUCUAUACCAUGACCUUCUUUGGGGCAAUUCUUGUAUUAAAUCAUAAAAGGGAGCAAGGAAACCGGCACUGGCUGACUUGUAUGCCCGUGGGAGGAGGUGAAGGUCAGGCCGAGUCCUGCUUGUACAACGCUUGCUGCAUAGGCAACUGUUCUGGGCACUCGUCUCAGCCAGAAAGCGAGCACCCAAUGAGCAUAUUCUUUAAGAAGCACUAUGGCCCUUUCUUCACCAACAAAUGGAUCAAGGCCCUUGUGGUGCUGCUCUACAUAGCAUAUCUGGCUGGCAGCAUUUAUGGGUGCCUACAGAUCAGGGAAGGCAUCGAUCUUCGGAAUCUGGCCAGCGACGACUCGUACGUUGGUCCAUUCUAUGAUGAUAAUGAGGAAUACUUCUCAGAAUAUGGCCCCAGGGUCAUGGUUGUCAUUACUGAAAGUGUAGAUUACUGGAAUGAGACCGUUCGCCUUGCCAUUGAGAACUGCACACAGGAUUUAGAGGGCAUUUCAUACGUAGACAAGAACCUCUCAGAGUCAUGGCUGAGAAUAUACACAGUCCUAGGAGAAGCUAUUCUGGUAAAUCUAAACAAUAAGACUCUUUUCCUUGAUAACUUAGAUAAAAUUGGGAAAGUAGUGGAACAGCUUGAGUGGGACCUUAACAGGACUCAGGAUGAAAUCAAAGCUUCACGUUUCUUCAUCCAGACAGUGAACGUGACCUCAGCUGUUGAUGAGAAGAACCUCCUCCAUGAGUUAAGAGAGACAGCCAGGCAGUGCAGUGUGCCAUUACUGGUGUACCACCCAGCGUUCAUCUACUACGAUCAGUACCUGGUCAUAGUGCAGAACACCAUUCAGAACAUUGUGGUUGCUGCCGGGGCAAUGCUCAUUGUCUCCCUUUUGCUCAUUCCCAGCCCCUUGUGUUGCCUGUGGGUGACUUUUGCUAUAGCUUCUGUCAUAGUCGGUGUGGCUGGCUUCAUGACAUUUUGGAGCGUCAAUCUAGACUCCAUAUCCAUGAUCAACCUGGUCAUUUGUAUAGGGUUUUCAGUAGAUUUCUCUGCUCACAUUUCCUAUGCCUUUGUGAGCAGUGGAGAGUCCUCAGCCAACAGAAGGGCAAUUGAAGCUCUGUCCCUGCUGGGUUACCCAGUAUUACAAGGUGCAGUUUCUACAAUCCUGGGAGUUGUUGUCCUGGCUGCAGCCAAAACUUACAUCUUUAGGACAUUUUUCAAGAUCAUGUUCCUUGUUAUUUUGUUUGGGGCUCUUCAUGGUCUUGUUUUUAUUCCAGUGUUUUUAACCUUUUUUGGAAACUUUGGCAGAUCACCCCUUCUAACCCAAUCUAAAAAGUUUGAGCUUAGUUAUAGAAAUGAUUAAGAGUGUCUCCAUGCCUAACUGCUACAUAAUAUAUGUAUUUAUUGUAUGUAGAUUUAAAUGCAGUGGCUUUCAGGUAAUAUAAAACAAAGUGAAGGACAGAAAAAGAAAUACAACAGAGAAGCAAAGGCUUCAGAAAAGCCAGGCAAGAAAAAUAACAGGAGAAGAAAUGAAAACACAGAGAAUGGAUUUGCAUGCCUUAUCUGUGUGUUCUUGACUCUACUGCUGCUUAAUCCUUUUUUUCGUGACUUGUUUACUGAAUGCAUUAAAGUUAUUUUGAACACUGACCAUGGCAUCAGCUUAAUGGCCCACGUUACAGGUUUGUCAGGCAGUCUACACUGGAGGGAAGAA